UGGAAAGCUCUCUCUGAACUCUCAGGAUUUUUCUGGCGGCUCGCUGUAGGAAAAGAGACUCUGUGUUUGUUCGCUAUUAGCAGUCUGGAUAUCCAUUUGUGACGGAUGUGACGGAGAGAAGACAGAGCCAUGAACGGCUCCUUCAGCCUCACGGAGACGGGGAGCCCAAUGGAGCUCUGGAAACCAGAGAAUGUCUCGGCGAUGGGACAAGUCAACGGGAGCCAAGAUCUGGGCUGGGAGGAGCUGGGGAAGCUCCUCUUCCUCUUCGACAAGGAGCCGCUCACCAUCGGCCUCACCGUCCUGUACUUGGCCUCCUUCUUGGUGGGCUUUGUGGGCAACAUCAUGUCUCUCCGGAUGCUCACCCAGAAGCGCCGAAGCCGGAUGCCGCGCUUGAGUGCCACCAGGAGCCUCCUCAUCAACCUGGCCAUCUGUGACCUGAUGGUGGUGUGCAUCUGCAUGCCCAUCACCGCCGGCAAUUUGGUCUACAAAGCCUGGGUCUACGGGGACUUCCUGUGCAGGAUGGUGCCAUUCAUCCAGGCGGUGUCCGUCUCCGCCAGCGUCCUCAGCCUCACCAUGAUCAGCUUGAACCGCUACUACAGCGUCCACAACCCACUCAACGCCAGGUCCUUCUUCACCCGGAGGAAGAUCUGGGGCACCAUCCUGGUGGUUUGGGUCUUCUCCUCCACGAUCUGUAUGCCGCUUAUAUUUAUGAACAAAAUGGAUGAGAUCGGAGCCGUCCCGGGUCUUCUCCUGGCGUUUCCCAUCUGCAGGGAAGUCUGGCCUCAGGAGCGGGUCAAGCAAGCCUACAGCUUCCUCCUCUUCUGCACCCUCUACUGCCUGCCCGUCCUCUUCAACAUGGUCAUUUGCUGCCUGACCGUCCACAGGCUCUGGAGUCCCACCAGACCUUUGAGGGACUGCAGUGCCUUGAACCAAACUUUGCCGACUUCCAGGUUGAAGAUUCGCAAGAAGGUGGCCCAGAUGGUGGUGGCUUUGGUCCUGCUCUUUGCCAUCUCCUGGCUGCCCAUUUACACGAUGGACAUCUGGAUCGAGUUCAACAGUCCCAAGUCCUUGCGGGAGGUGGCCCCAUCCCCCUGGGUCUUGCAGCUCCGACCGUUUGCUCAGUGGCUCAGCCUCACCAACUCCAGCCUCAACCCCAUCUGCUACUGCUUCGUCGGCAACCUCUACCGGUCGGCCAAGGAGAUGAAGACCAGAUACCACAGGAAGAUGGUCUCGCUUCUCAGCUUCUCCCUCUCGGAAAAGAGCUUACCUUCCUCAGGUCCUGAAGUGGUCUCCUACAAGGGUUCGUCUACCAAAAGGCCUGAGCCAGUCGUGGCAUCAAGGAGAAGGUGCCAGAAGAACUGUAGUCCAAGAACCCAAGUGUGAACUCACCCUGUGGCCUUAGUGAGUCUCCCUUCGCUCUUCCUUUGAUGGACAAGUCUUGCAAUGAUCGUGACCGUACUCAAUGACACUUCCAAAGAGGAGCCAUUGUCACACACUCAGGAGAUUAAAUGGAUAGAUGGAUGGAUGGAUGGAUGGAUGAAUAGAAGGAUGGAUGGAUGAAUGGAUGGAUGGAUGGAUGGAUGGAUGGAUGAAUAGAUGGAUGGAUGGAUGGAUGGAUGGAUGGAUAGCUAAAUGAUAGGCCAGUAUUCUGCAUCAUCUACAUAGUUGAAUAUACUUCUAAUUUGCUAACUAUACUUGGCCACGUGGGAUGGAUGGAUAGCUAGAUGAUAGGCCAGUAUUCUGCAUCAUCUACAUAGUUGAAUAUACUUCUAAUUCUUGAACUAUACUUAACCAAGUGGAGGAUACAGACAUAACAAUGAAGGAUCCAUAUACAAGCAUUCAUGUUGGACUAUGACACUAGUCCAUUGGGCAAGUUACACACUCUCAGCCUGAGAAUUUAGUAUUUAAAUUUACAAUUUAAAUUUAAAUUUACAGUUUAGUACUCAGCAUACUUAACUAACUAACCUCUCCUUGCCCGACCCAUACAGACUUGAUGGAAAUGUCAUUCACCCAUGUUUCAACCAUCAGAACGGAUCUCCUUUUUACCCAUGCAUUAAAAAAAGGUGAUGACUGGGGGAAGAUGGGAGUUGUGAUCCAAAACUUCUGGAGGGGAUCCAAGAAUGGGAACAGGCGGAUCCGUAUCAGGCUCUUUUAAAUGAGAAGCUGCCUCGAAAGCUGACCAAAGCGUAUUUCAUGAUCUGGAUGAGAAGGUCUUCCACCUUUGCAAAGAAGAGAAAACCACCAAAACACGAAACUUGAAGAGUUGGCAGAAUGAACAAUUGCCUGGACGGAUUUUCGAGAGACCAGGGGAAAAUGUGGAUUAUGGGAUGGGAGAUACUGUGAUGCUUUGUCUCUGCUUUUUUAGGAGGAAGGAAGCUUCCAUUAGUACGAAUAUGGAAUAAAAUGAAGCCUCGCUUAGCUCUGUCAUUAUAAUUUCCAAGCAAUAGCAUAGUUGGGAUGCUGUGAGUUUUCCAGGCUGUCUGGCCAUGUUCCGGAAGCAUUCUCUCCUGACGUUUCACCCACACCUAUGGCAGGCAUCCUCAGAGGUUGUGAGGUCUGUUGGAAACGAGGCAAGUGGAGUUUAUAUACCUGUGGAAUGAUGUCCAGGGUGGGAAAAAGAAAGAACUCUUGUCUGUUUGAGGUUAGUGUGAAUGUUGGAAUUGUCCAGCUAGAUUAGCAUUGAAUAGUCUUGCAGCUUCAAAGCUUGGCUUCUUCCUGCCUGGGGGAUCCUUUGUUGGAAGGUGUUAGCUGGCCCUGGUAGGCUGUUAGGAAUUGUGGAAGUUGAAAUCCAAAAACACCCGGAGGGUCGAAGUUUGUCCAUGGCUGCUUUAAGAGUGGAUGUAGCAACUGGCCUCCUUGAUUAGCAUCGAAUAGCCUUGCAGCUUCAAAGCUUGGCUUCUUCCUGCCUGGGGGAUCCUUUGUUGGAAGGUGUUAGCUGGCCCUAGUAGACUGUUAGGAUUGUGGAAGUUGAAGUCCAAAAACACCCGGAGGGCCGAAGUUUGCCCAUGCCUGUUUUAAGUGUGGAUGUAGCCACUGGCCUCCUUGAUUAGCAUUGAAUAGCCUUGCAGCUUCAAAGCCUGGCUUCUUCCUGCCUGGGGGAUCCUUUGUUGGAAGGUGUUAGCUGGCCCUGGUAGACUGUUAGGAAUUGUGGGAGUUGAAGUCCAAAAACACCCGGAGGGCCGAAGUUUGCCCAUGCCUGUUUUAAGUGUGGAUGUAGCCACUGGCCUCCUUGAUUAGCAUUGAAUAGCCUUGCAGCUUCAAAGCCUGGCUUCUUCCUGCCUGGGGGAUCCUUUGUUGGAAGGUGUUAGCUGGCCCUGGUAGACUGUUAGGAAUUGUGGGAGUUGAAGUCCAAAAACACCCGGAGGGCCGAAGUUUGCCCAUGCCUGCUUUAAGUGUGGAUGUAGCAACUGGCCUCCUUGAUUAGCAUUGAAUAGCCUUGCAGCGUCAAAACCUGGCUGCUCCCAACCUGGGGGAACCUUUGUUGGAAGGUGUUAUAUAUCAAAGAGGUGCCAAACUGCAUUUGUUCUGCAGUGUGGAUGGAUGCUGAAUAGGCUCCCUGUCUAUUUCUUCCAUUUGUAUGUUUCUUGAUGCCUCCAGAUCCCUGCAGACUGGGGAAAAGUAAAUGCUUUCUUAGCUUCUGUGGUAAGAAAGUGAAGUACGUGUCUAAUGCAAAAUUAAAAGGCCGAGGAAAAGGGAGGACAUUUAUUUCGGGCGAAAUAAAAAUGAGAAUCCAUCUGCUCCCGCUGUGAUGUUUCCCUCAGCAAAGCAACCUCAAAGUGUGUGGUUUUUUUUCCUCCCACAAAGGAGAAACAUCUUCAAAGGGGAUUUUGCUCUUUAAGGGCAUCUUAGGGAAAUGACAAAGUUAUCAACACCGCCAUGCAAUUACAGAAGGUUGAUUCUCCUAAAUAUUUUUCUCCCAAUGGAAAUAAAAUAAAAUAAAAUAAAGCAGGCUGUGUUAACCCAUGAGAAUAAAACCAAAGUCAAAACUACA